GAUACGGCUGUAGUAUGGAAUGAGUUUUGUAGUUGAAAUUCAAAACCGCUAACACGUUUCAUUUGUUUUUCGUGGUAUAAAAGUUGAUCAGGUAAAUGCGUGUUUUAUACGUUGACAUGAGACUCAGAGUCCUUAGCUAUCCGGUAAACACUACUUGACUAUAGAGGCCAACUGGAUUUAAGAAGCCUGGCCCAGGGAGACGUUCUCGUAGCCGCAAAAGAUCAAGGAGCAAGAAACGCAGUAGAUCGCCGCGGCAUAGUUCUCACAAGAGAAAAUCUCGCAGUCGAUCCAGGAAACGUAACUCUAGCAGUUGUCGUGUGGCAUGUCAGAGUGGACACAAACUCCGACGCCGGAAAGAAACUAUACAACACCUGUCCCAGGGUGUCCCAAAAAUGAACAGUAGCAAAGAAGAUGGUCCAAUGUCUAACCCUAUGUCCAGUUUGCCUGGUGACCUAUUUGGCAACCAGACCAGCAUAGCAACCCCUGGUAUGGGCCCCAGAAUGCCUGCAAUGCAGCCGGGACUAAGUCAAACCACACCUCCACUUGGGGUACCCAAUGAGGUAAUGGAACAGUUGAUGCGUACUUUGAGAUCUCCGACAUCCCCACAGCAGCAGCAGCAGGUUAAACAGAUCCUGAAAUCAUAUCCUCAGUUGAUGGCAUUAUUCAUUAAGCAGAGGAAUCCACCAGUGCAGGGAGCUGGUGGUAUGGCUCCAGGUCCGAUGCAGCCGCGGCCCAACAACCCUCAGAUGCAGGCAAUGGCUGGAAUGCAGCAGAACCAGACCCUCAGUCACCCCCAACAUGACAUGCUGUAGCAGCAGAGGAUAGUUAGUCAUGUGUUGAAGUGUGCUACACUAUAUUAAACCAAAACUUAUGUGUUUUAAUUAUCAUUCUUUGUACAAACACUUAGUAACUUAUGGAAGAAAUAAUUUGUUUCAUAGUGUAAUAUAUCCUUACUUAUAACUAGAGAUUUUCUCCUUGUUUUGUUUUUGUGUUCUCAAACAAGUGUCAAGCAGUGUGACAGUGUGAAUAGAAUGUUGUUAAAAUAAUUCAUUAAAGUAAUUUUAUAGUUAACAUUGUACAUAACGUAUAUCUUUUUACAAGAAAUCAUUGUAUCAAUAUUUCGCUAUUCAUUGAUUUCGGAUACUAUUUGAAUAUAUUUUGGUGAUUUUUCCCCCAGAAAGUCAUUGUUACAGCAUGUUUCACGGUGUACUCUUCAUCGUGGUGUUAUGUUGUCUUUUGUUGUUUGUUCGUCUUGAUUUUUGUUUGACCAGAAUGCAAUUUUGAAUGAGUGUCUGCGGUUGUGUCAACAUAUCUAAACAUAGUCUGCACUCUUUUAGACUAAGCUUUGUUAAAAUCCCAGAACAUUUCUUAUAUGUAUACCUAUUUACUAUCAUUUUGUCUAGGGAUUCACGAUUCCUUGUACGAGAUGUCAAGUUAUUUUCGUCUUCAACGCAGGCUCUAUUUGUAAAUCAUUUUGGUUUCAUUAAAGCUUCCCAGAUAUUAUUCUCUAUAAACGAUGUACAGUCUUCAUUUAUUAUUUUAUUGUGUUACAACUGAAGAACAAGUCUGUGAUUAGUUCUAAUAAAAUGGGAUCAUGUUAGAUAAUACAUGUAUUGUGUUACCCGAC